AGAAAGUCAGUGCGUCAUCGAGGACUAACUUAUUUCCAUUGGGGUCCUUAAUCUUGUCCGCCAGGAUGCGAACCACACCAGUCGACUAACACCCAGGUACCUAUUUGCUGCCAGGUGAACAGGACAACAGGUGUAAGGAAACGUGUCGAAAUGUUUCCACCCGCCGGGAAUCGAACCCGGGACCUCUGUGUGUGAAGCGGGAGCUUUAGCCACCAGGCCACUAGCAGACUUGUGGGUCACAACAGAGGAAGGGGUGGUUAGUAUACCUUAGACAGGGCUUUGAAAUAAGCUGAGGUAGGAUAACAGCUUUCAGAUUGUAUUACAAUAAAAAAAAACGCUAAACCCACAAGGGUUUUAGACUGUAAAAUUGGUAUAUACAACAGGGAAAGAGACAUUGCCACGCAGCAAGUUGAGAGGCGAGGAUCUCUGGCUUGACCCCGAGAACCAUAUAGGUGGAGAGUACACACACAGGUUAAUAUGUAAGCCAGCAGAUGAAACUUGUGUAAUGUUUGAGUCAUUUGUUAACGUUUGACACUUGUUCUCAAUUUACUGGUUGCGACUGUGCGUCAGUGGAUGUGCUUAUACAAAAAUCUUAUUUGGUUCAAAUAUAAUGCAGUUUACAUGUAAUGUAUGAGACUUUGAUAGUCGCAGCUUCGUAUUACUCUGCAAAUAGCUUUAUAACCCAUACGGUACGGUUUCGCGCUUGUCCUGUUAUACUACUUGGUAGUCCUGUAGGACUACCAAGAUUGCCGCAUAAAUGCUGCAUCAUUAUUGAACACCCUCAUCCUUCGUUAAAACUUAAUUCAUAAAUUAAAUAAAAGCUGGCAAUACUGGAAGAAGAGUGUGUUUCCUGCCGGGGUGCCACAUAUAAACACAGUGAGGCGACCUGUAGCUCAGAAGCGCAGCUUAGCUCAUUACUUUCACCACAACGUCUGUAUUCACAGGCUUCCUGUGCUCAAGUAACAUUACUGACGAUGAGGUCCUUCAGUCAAGCAGCCACAUUCCUCUUGCUAACUGUACUGAGUGUGCGACCAGAAUGGGCCGCCUCCUUGGCCUUAUUUGACAAGAUCAACCUCACUAAAACUCAGGAGAUCGCGAUCCAGAGAGUAGAUGAGCUCCUGAAUGACUUCCUUAGACAUUUGAAACGAGACUACAGAAAGCAGUAUUUGGAGGACCAAAAAAUCUUGGAUAACGUAUUGAGCGGCAGUCAAGAUAAGGCAAAAAACGUCGGAAAUCAAGGAAAGGUUCUCGAAGUCGAUAUAGAACCUAUCGAAGACAGCGUCAAAAUCCCCGUUAAUACAGUGGUGGAACCUCUACACAAUGAACUUGACUGUGGAGGCAUGAAUGCUUUAGAUACUCCAGUGCCUCUUGCGGACAAGCUCAUAUGCACAAAUGAAGCAAAGGAUAUUACCAGAGAGAAAUAUCAGAGCAGCAACGAAGGCAUCAUAUUUCCAAGUUCUUAGAAACCUGGAUAUGAAUUUGACAUUGCCCCCAGGGUUCGAAUUUCCUUCGGUACGGCAGGAAAACAUUAGGGACCUGCUGUCCAUGUUCACCCAUCAGUUUAAAAUGGGUAACUGGGUGCUAGUAGACUGGUGUGGGUCGCGUUCUGGGACAAAACUGACCUAAUUUGUCAGAAAUGCUCAGCAUAAGAA